AUGAGGGGCCCCGAACGCCGCCAGCAAUUGUUCCAGCAGCUCGACCUGCUCGAUUUCGACUUGCUGCUGACCGACGACGACGUCUUCGACGAGUGCGAUGUCACUACUACCAGCAGUACCAGCAGCAUCUCCAGCAACGACGGUCAUACUAGCGCUAAAAAUGAACCACAACUGAAUCACCAUGAGUUUAGACGAAGACUCUACCGCCAGUUGGAUGAGAAAAACGCUAAUUUGGCUAAUAUGUUGGAAGUUUUGGGAGAGGUGGCUCGCGAAGAGACUGAUAACUGGAUAGCGCAAUUACUUGAGGUGUGUAACGACAUUCGUCUGCUGCCAGCCUACCAUACUGAGUCGGUACCGUUAUGGUUUGCCCCUAGGCCAAAGUCAAGAAAACUGAAAACAACUGAAGCAAAGGUGUUGCCAAGAUUCGAAAAUAUCAUACCCAAUGAUGAGCAGAAGACAAAGUCAAAGGAAAUCAAGAAACAGCCACUGAAACCUUCACUGAAUACUCCUUUGAAGUCCCAAACGAAAACCGCAAUGUUAUCGAAGACUACACUGGUGGAGCCAACUCAACACAAACUUAAUACUACCACACUGAUACCGAAAGACACUACGCAAAAAACCAAUCAAACCGCGUCGAAAACCACGCUGAAACCCAAAGAUGUCACACCUAAGGAUACCAAACUGAAGCCAAAGGAAACCUUAUCGAAACCCAAAGGUACUACUCUGGUACUCAAAGACAACUUCAUUACCCCCAAAGAUACCCCUCAACUGGCACAAACAAAACCCAAACCAAAGAUUGUCACUGGGGCGUCAGUUAAGAAUCAGCUACAACAAUUUGAAAAGUUCAAGGAACCGAAACGUCCGCCUCCCCGAGCCCUCUGUGUUGAUGGUACUAAGCAGUCCACUUCCGCCUCUACAAACAAUGUGGUAGAGUCCCACACAUCCAAGUUUACGGUCCCGAAGACGCCCACUUUACCCUCACCAGCGGCUACUAGGCUGAGCGUGGCGCCACUGAAAUCGAGUGAUUCUCCUCGACCCAUUAAGGGAAGCAAGAUCAAUGCCAUGGCCCAGUUUUUCGAGAACUUGGAAUAA